AUGUCGAAUUUAUCAAAGCUUGAAUUUGUGGCACUUGACAUCUCCGGAAAGGAUUAUUUAUCAUGGGUCCUUGACGCUGAAAUUCACCUUGCUGCAAAAGCUCUUGAAAAUAUUAUUAUACAAGAAAAUGAAAUAUCAGGCCAGGAUAAAGCAAAGGCUAUGAUUUUCCUUCGUCAUCAUCUCGAUGGAGGGUUAAAGACCGAAUACUUAACCCUAAAGGAUCCAUUUGAAUUAUGGAGCAGUUUGAAGGAACGAUAUGACCAUCUUAAGGCAACGAUAUUGCCAAGAGCUCGAUAUGAAUGGAUUCACUUACGGUUACAAGAUUUUAAAACUGUAAGUGAAUAUAAUUCUGUUGUAUUCAGGAUAACCUCCCAACUUAAAUUAUGUGGGAAAAUUAUGAAUGAUGAGGAUUUACUGGAAAAGACUCUUUCUACUUUUCAUGCAUCAAAUAUGGUAUUGCAGCAACAAUACCGUGAAAAGGGUUUAAAGAAAUAUUCUGAAUUAAUCUCAUGCCUCCUGGUGGCUGAGCAACAUAAUACCCUUUUAAUGAAAAAUCAUGAAGCUCGUCCCACGGGAUCUGCACCAUUUUCCGAAGUGAAUAUGGUAGCAACUACUCAAAAGUCUGAAAGAAGACAAAAUUAUUAUCGUAGUCGUGGCCAUAGUCAUGGACGGGGACAAGGACAUGGAAGGGGACGAAAUAAUUAUCGUCAUCAUGGCGAAAAUAAAUGGGAGAACAAUAAGGAUCCUCAAAAUAAUCCUUUGAAAGGUAGAGUUAAUAUUUGCCACAGAUGUGGUAUGAAAGGUCAUUGGGCACGUGUUUGUCGUACACCUGACCAUUUUGUCAAACUUUAUCAAGCAUCCAAUAAAAGAAAAGAUAACAAUGUGGAGGCACACUUGACUUUUAAAAAUGAUGAUGAUAAAGCAGGCCCCUCAAACAAAUAUGAUGAUGUUGAG